AUCACUGUUUAAUAAUUAUUGUUCUACCGAAACAAAGGGUUAAUUAUUAUAACAGUUUAACUGUUCAAGAUCAUUCACAAUCAUGUUAGCUGUGUUUGUGUUGCAUUACUAGUGAAAACCAGGCCUUAAAGGAAAAUACUCCUCAAAACGUACAAGAAAUCGUAAAGGUAAGCAAAAUGCAAAAUACUGUAAAUAUUUCAAAUUUGAUCGUACCUAAUCACCAUAUCCCAUGAAAAAAAUAUGCCCAAAAUGUAGAAAAAGAAAGAUAUAUGUCACAGAAUAAAAGUACACAAAAUAUCUGCAGCGUAGGUAAGGUUAACGAAAGGUGCCGGACAUUCCGUCGAUCCCGAAGUCCUCGGUUCCAGUUAAAAUUUCCGCGCUGAAUCCAAACAUUAUAGGUGAUUGACACGUUAUUGUUGCAAGCAAUACGUCCACUACUUCUCGCUGCACAAGACACGAGAUCUUAACGAUCCAUCCAGCAAAAUGAAUUUGUACGAAGAUUCAGUUAUUGAUGAUUUAUUGGUAAGGGGAGAGCAAGCAAGACAGAAAAGAUCGCACAAAAGACGACGGUUAAAGCCUGAUGAAGUGCCUGAUAACACUAAUCUCAGGUUAGAGACACAACCACAACAGGAUACAUCUUCCAGUAACUGGUUCAAGGAGAUGAUAUCAUAUCCCUGCACUAAAAGGCUUUCACUGAUGGAAUCCUUCACACUUUGGUCAGCAAUUCUUUUAUAUCUCCCAAUUGGCUUGUUUGUGCUGCUAAACCCUGGAAACAGUCUCAUUCCAGUCAUGAAAGACAACAAUAUCUACACAACAGGCUACCAAAGGAUUUGUGGAAUCCACACCAUCAUUGUUGCUUUUCUCUGCGUUAUUUUCUCCAGAGCAAUAGGGAGUAAUUCCAUCAAAGGUGUCAUCUUAGGCACAAUACUAAUAAGAACAGUCUAUGCAAGUGCCUGCUUGUAUUUGUUAUAUAUACGCCAGUAUAUUCCCAUCUCGAUUUUGUAUAUCACUUUAGCAAUAGAUGCUGGCCUCUCAUUUAUUACUUUUAUAUUAUGGUUCUAUCAGAAUCCAGAGGCAUCUUUGAAACAGUAUUUCAAAGCCAUUUGGCAGCUGAUCAAUCCCUCAAGCUGUCCAUUACAUUCUUCUUCAAAUGUGGUUCAAGUCCUUGGUUUUAUCCAAUGUAUUUUGGGAAUGUUUUUCUUUAUUUUCCCCAAUAUAGCACUCCUAGUAUUUCAGAUCAACCCUAAAAACAUCCAUGGAUACUCCAAAGGAUGGCUAUCCAUCGGGUUUAUGUCUUCAGCGGCAAUAGGUUUCAUUCAUGCUCUUUCUGGUGGUGUUGACAGCAAGUCAUAUAAUAUUGCUGUGAUUUCCUAUAGAAUCAUAUACAGCAUCCCUGUAGUGACAUGCUUAGGUUUGUGGGGACAAAUACCAAGUGCUUUAGGACUUUACUAUGUUUCUCUUGAUGGAAUUUGUGCUUUUGUAACUUUUAUAGUACUUUAUAGAGAGUCUUUAACUUCUAGUCAAAAAAUAAACAUGAACUAGUAGACUAUUACAAGUCGUGCAUUCUGUCAGAUUACCUAAGCUACAAUAUAGAUACAUAAAUAUAAUAUAAGUUGAACACAGUAUAAAAAGGUAUGCUGUUUUGGACAUUGGUCCUUUAUUAUGCCUGAAUAUUCUAAAAGAUAAAACAAAAACUAGCAUUUUACUUACUAUCAUUUUGCCUAUAAGGUUUUGGUGAAAUUUUUAAGGUUUCAGCUAUUUACUAUUUAUACUAAAACAAUGCACUAUUGGGCCGCUAUGGCUUAUAAGAUUAAUAAUGAUUAUGAUAGGAAAUGUUUUAAUAUCUAAGAGAGAAAUGUUUUAAAAAUAUAUAUAAAGAGGAGGCCUUUAAAAGUUUAUAAGUAAGAUAUAUAUUAUUAUUGAUAAUA